AUGGAAGACGUCGACAUGGUGAUGGCCUCUCUGGAAAAUGCGCUGGCCUCCACAGGCGGUUUCUGCGUCGGCCGUUCCUACGUCGUCGGCCAUCAACGUCUCUCCGGCCUCGGCUACUGCUUCUCCGCCUCCCUCCCGCCUCUCCUUGCCACCGCCGCUUCUGAAGCCAUCGCUAUGAUUGAUGAAGAUCCGCACAGAAUUCAGACCGUCACCAAGAUGGCCAUCGAGGGACAGGAACAGUUGCAGAAGGCGUUGGAGGUGGGAUAUUUGAAAUUCUAGAGGAAACUUCUGAAAAUGUUGUAUUUCAGGGCUCAAAGUUUGUGCUCCAAGGAUGUCCGGAGAGUCCAAUGAAGCACAUCUACUACGCCGGAGAGAAUGAAGAGCAGAAUCUGGAUAAACUCGUCGAAACGGUAGCAAUUUGCAGCUGUAAAAGACGUUUUUCAAUCGUUUCUCUUCUCCAGGUCUUCUCGCAAAAUCACCUUCUAUUGACGCGUGCUCGCUACCUGGACAAGGACGAAAUGUUCAAAAUCCGUCCGAGCAUCCGCGUCAUGUUCCAGUACGACCUCUCCGAAUCGGAAAUUCAGAAGGCGGUCGAUGCGAUCGGACAGGCCGCCCAUCAUAUUUAA